AUGGAACAGCUGGAACCACGUCCAGUGCAAUAUCACACAAGACAUUGUCAAGACUGCAGCGGACAAGCUCGUGUCAUCUGGGCUAGCAGCCCUUGGCUAUGUCUAUGUCAACAUAGACGAUUGCUGGCAAGCCGACUUCCGUGAUCCAAAGGGUCGCCUGGUGGCAUCUCCGGUCUCGUUCCCGUCCGGCAUAAAGGCACUAGCGGACUAUGCGCACAGCAAGGGGCUCAAGCUGGGGCUCUACUCCGAUGCUGGGAAGCGCACGUGUGCAGGGAAGCCAGGGUCACUCGGGCACGAGGAGAUUGACGCCCUCACCUUCGCUGAAUGGGGAGUGGACUACGUCAAAUACGACAGCUGCUACGACGAUGGGACUCCCACCGAGCAAGGCCAAUCGGCCAUGCGCAAUGCAUUGGAGGCCAGUGGGAGGGACAUCUCAGUCUCCAUGUGUGAAGGGGAAGAGGACAGCUCUGCUCUGUGGGCGUAUGGGUUAGCAGAUCCCUGGCGCGCCACCCUUAGCAUUGAUGACACGUGGAGGAGUGUGACGUGGGUUUCAGACGCCAACAACAAGUGGGCCAAAUACGCCGACCCUCGCAAUUGGAAUGACCUGGACAUUCUGCAGGUGGCCAAGGGCAGUAUGGGCCAGCCCAAAUACCACGUGCAACUCAAUCUCUGGGCCAUCAUGAAGGCGCCACUCCUGCCUGAGUGCCAUCUCUCUGCUGCAUGGGAGCCAGCCAUGACCAUCCUCAGCACCGACGAGGCCAUUGCGCUCAACCAAGAUUCAUUGGGAAUGCAGGCGCAGGAGGUGCAGCUGUCAAAGAAAUCUUCAGUGAAAGUCUGGGUGGGAUCUCUAUCUGAGGGUCGGAAAGUGGUGGCAUUGGUGAACCGUGGUGUGAGGAGCGCGAAUGUGACCGUCAGUUGGGAAGAAAUUGGGCUUAAUCCGGAGCAGCAUAUUCAUGCACGAGAUUUGUGGAAGGACUACACCAUGAACUCUGCCAACUCUAAAGACCUGAACGCCCAGGUUGGAAGCCACGGUGUGAGAUUGUUUGUUCUCUGGCCUGUAACAGAUGCCAGUAUGGAUUAA